UAACAAAAGUUUCUCAAAACUUACUUCAAGAUGAUAUAUUGACCGAUCGGCCAUCUUGGAAUACUGCGUGGACUAAAUCAGACGUUGGGUUCUUGCAAUUUCUUGCGAAAUGUAGAAUUUACGAGAAUAAACUACAUCAUCGACGUUGUUAGAGUAUUAGUUUGGACCAGGUCUUAUUGUUUUAGGAUUGGAUAAGUUGGAAUAUGUUCCAUGAACCACUAAAUCAGUCGUAUAAGAUGAUAACCACAAAGAGAAUAUGACGGCCCAUUAUUCCAAGAUGUGGACGAAAAUUCUCAGUUGUGUUUUUCUCUUACUCUACAUCAUCAAUUAUGGUACAGCACAGAACACGACCGAAGAGACACCAGGCGGGACGAUCACGGGCGACGCCGUCACACCUAUCGUGGAGAGUACGACGUCGGGAUACGAAGGCCCGAGCAGGGCGGAAAUCAGGUGGCUCACGAUCGUGGACGAACUCAUGGCUCAGAAGUCGCAGAGUUUCAAUGAUACGUUCUUUCAAACUAUAGAGACAUAUCCAUUUGAGACCUCAUGGGUCAUUGAGGAUACCUACUUCAACAGUGACUACAUGUUGAACACGACCACGCGGCCAGACCUGACAACGUUAUCAUCCGACGAGCUCCUCCAGAUCCUCUCCGUGGUCAUCGACGUACUCGACGACAGUAGCGUGAACAUAACGACCAGGGAGGUAUUGGUGACCACGGCCUUCAUGCAAGACCUCACGGCCACCAUCCUCCUCGAGAUGUCGGAGAACGAACUCACCGCUGAUUUCGGAGAGUUCGAGAGUGUCAUGUCGUAUAUCAUUGAAAUAUGUGAUAUCCUACUGGACGAAGAAUACGUGGAUCUGUGGUUGGACAUUCAGAGAGCCUAUCCUGUCUAUGCUGCGGUGAUUGAGACCGUCGACGUUGCAUCGUUGGCCAUCGCCAACCUGAUCGAGUCCCCGGGAACGCUGAAGUCAGACGUAAAGAACAUCAACUUCUUUCUCGUCAAGGAUUCAUGGUACAACCUCACCCAGACGUAUCAGGACUACGUUUUCCAGGUCAGCGACAACGAGGGUAUCCUCAUCCCAGAACUGUACCUUGAGCAGGCAGAAUUCGACUAUUAUGAUGAAGUAGCAUUGGUGAGCGUGCAGUAUAAAGGCGUAAGCGACUUUAUGGGGAAGAACAAGACCCGUGUUUCAGUAUCAACGACAAUCAGAGAACAAAGCUCCUAUAAUCCAAGGAUAUUAAACAAUGAUGUGAUCUCUAUGACAGCCAUCCGUGUUCCAGACUUCAGUAGUACGAGUAUACCAGUAAUAUAUAGGAUGUCACAUAUAGAAAAGAAACUCGAGCAUUGGGACGUUAUAUGUGCCUUUUGGAAUUUCGAUAAAUUCUCUGAUGAAGGUGGUGUCUGGGAUGAUACCGGGUGUGAAGUGAUUGAGGUAUCCUCCUCUGCCUGGUCAACCCAAUGUUUCUGUAAUCACACAACCAAUUUUGGCUUGAUUCUUCUUGAACACGACCCCGAGUACGUUGAUUGGCAUUUCAUCAUCCAAACUUGGCUAUGGUCCAUCGCAGCAGGAGUCUCGGUCUUGCCAUUAUUUCCUUUCUUUGGAUUCCUCAUCUACCUAACGACGAUUAAUUCAAAGCGUAGGUCGGCACAAAUCAACUUUGUUUUCAGUUUGAUCAUGAUGUUACUCGUGCUAGCUACAAAUGAGGUCGCUAAGUGGCAAAAGAGCGAUUAUGCAUGUAUGGGGUUCGGUAUAGCCAUGCAUCUCUUCACUACGUCCACGUUUGCAUGGUUGUUUGUCAUCAGUAUUCUUCUAUUCACACGCGUCACAGAGUUCACAAGUAAAGAGGCGCCGCAUUGGUUGGCCUUUCUGAUUGGAUGGGGUACUCCUAUCCUAACUGUUGGUGUGACCGGUAGCUUGCUCUACACAGAAUACGGAAUAGGGCCAAGAUGCUGGUUUAAUAAUAACAGUAAGAUUAAGAUGGCACUCAUGGUACCCACCUUAGUUUACAGUGUGCUAACUAUAUUACUUCUCUUGGCAUCAAUACGAGCUAUUGUACAGGCAGGGAAAAUUACCCUCUUUGAGAGAGAAAAAGAAGAACUGCUGAAAUUAAGAGCAACAUGUCUGUGCUUCCUCGCACUGUCUCCUGAACUUAGCAUCUUUUAUUUCUGCGGCCAUUUUUCUUUUAUCAAUCCGAUGAUUGGGUAUGUCUUCGGUGGUCUCAUGCCCUUCCAGGGUCUCCUUGUGGUUCUUCUUGAGAAGCAUUUUAAUAAAGAGCUUGAAGAGGCAUAUAAGAUAAAGAAGAAUCCUCCAGAAGAACUAAAGGAUGAAUAUGAUAUUUGGGCCGCGGAAUUGGAUGAUGCCGUCAGAGGCGACCCUUCGUUGGCACAAGAGGAAGAAUAUUUCAGUAGUGGCAGGAAGUCAAAAGCGUCGGUGCUUUCAAUGCGAGGAAUCAAGCUAGCGAAGGCUGUCCGGAACGCUAAGCCGCAAAUGGUUGGUGGAACUGCUACGAAGACUACAGGCAACAAAAAGAAGAAAAAGAAGAAGAAGAAGGCAAACGAAACCCCGACCGAAGUUCUGAAAGAGACUGCGGUCCGAGAGCAAGCCGAUGGCGAGAGCCGUGGUCGUAACUCCACCGAACCUCCGCCGCCGUCGAUGCCGCCGAGCAAACCCAAGAUUGGAUUCAUGAAGACAGAUUACUCCGAGCUCGAUGAACAGUCUCCGUAUAGGACGAAACAGACCGCAAGCGAGAUCGCCGCAACACUGCCAAGGAGCGCGACCUCAAGAACACCCGCUGGUCGAACCACGCCCGGAAGACGAACACCGAGUGGAAAGAAAUCCCCUCGGAAGACCCCCACCCCGAGAAAGAGCCCGAUACCGCGAAGUCCGUCCUUACCCGGCGCACCCGACGAUCCCGAGGAAGACUUCGGCGCCUUGCUGGCGCCACCACCGAGAAAGAAGGGCGAUGGGUCGAGUCCGAUUGGAGAUCGGAAGUCACCCGAAGGUGCGGUGGUAAAUGAUGCCUACGAGUACGAUGACGAAUACUAUGAUGAGAACGGGGAAUACUACGAUGACGAGUACUACGAUGACUACGGCGAGUAUGAUGAGAAUGGAGAAUAUUACGACGACGAGUAUUAUGAAGAUGGAGAAUAUGACGAUUACGGGGAAUAUGAGGAAGAAUACUAAAAAUGUUAAGUGUGCAUCGCCGUGGAUUAUGUUAAUGUUUUCUUAGAAUAAUGAAAAAACCAUGUCAUGAUCUACCCCAAGAGUAAUCACAGAUAAUUAUGUCUUCCUGAGAUAUUAGACUCCAAACUCGAAAUAAAUGCCAAUAUUAAAUUCUGCUGUUUGAGAAAGAAUGACUUAUACUUCAUUCAGCGAAUUCAACUUGAAAGUCACCUCUGUUCUAAUCACGCCUUCUUUUACCCAGUCUGUUGGAAAUGUUUUUCAAUGUGCAGACAGACCUAUUCUUUGCUCAUUUAUCUUUCUACAUGAAUAAAGAAAGUAGGGUAUUAUCGAAAAGACAUCCUAAGUAAUAUUUGAAUAUUCAUUUCGUCCACUCAAAAGUGGCAUGGCGAUGGUACCAUGAUUAUUCCAAAGCCCUUCACACACUCUACGACUGAUCCACGAUCCGUCUUUGGAAUAAAUAGCAUUUUGCUUAUUUUCUGACAUUGUAAAUGGAAAUUUACAUUUGAAGUUCGAACAACUAUAAAUAUAUGAGUAUAAAAAUUUUGGCGAUUGCAAUUUGGAAUAAAGGCCAGUUUGGUUUCAAAUCGUAGCCAUUCGUACGAUUGCAAUGACGUCAUUACGACUAGAUAUUCAAUUCGCGUUUGUUCUAAUUCGGAUGGUAGCAUAGUCACAUAUUUGAACGUAAGACUUUUACGAUGAUUUAGAGCUUUGAACAGUAAGAUGUUCCAUGUCUCUUUAUUCGUAGCAAAUUUUAAUCCGCUCUAUUCCACCAUCGGAUCGCAGACCAAUCGGUAAGGUGUGCGGUAGCAUCUAAGAUGCAAAGUGCUUAAUGCGUACAAUGUCAUUUUUAAUCAUUUAUAUAAUAGAUUAUCUUUUGCAUAUUGAGAGUUCAUGUGAGAAUGCCAAAGUCAUAUAAGUGUAAAUAUAGAAUUUAAGACUGACUAAAAAUUGCC